UUAGCGGUGCUCGGGUCCGGGAGCAACAUGGCAGCAUCCGUGAGGCGCUAGUUUUAGGAAAAGAGAGAGUUUGGUGUCGCUGCCUUGCGGGAUUUUGACAGGUUGGAGCUUUCCACGACCUCCCGAUUUAAGGAAGCGUGUAUCGAUAGGUGGACAGCUUUAGUUAUCGACCGUUCGCUCUCAUCCCCACUUAAGAGCAGAGUCCUGAGCGCUGACCAGCAUGAGCAACAUUUACAUCCAGGAGCCUCCCACGAACGGGAAGGUUUUACUGAAAACUACAGCUGGAGAUAUUGACAUAGAGUUGUGGUCAAAAGAAGCUCCUAAAGCUUGCAGAAAUUUCAUUCAGCUUUGUUUGGAAGCAUAUUAUGACAACACCAUAUUUCAUAGAGUUGUACCUGGUUUUAUAGUCCAAGGGGGAGAUCCUACUGGUACAGGGACUGAUGGAGAGUCUAUCUAUGGAGCCCCAUUCAAGGAUGAAUUCCACUCACGGUUGCGUUUUAAUCGGAGAGGACUGGUUGCCAUGGCAAAUGCUGGUCCUCAUGAUAAUGGCAGUCAGUUUUUCUUUACACUGGGUCGAGCAGAUGAACUUAACAAUAAGCACACCAUCUUUGGAAAGGUUACAGGGGAUACAGUAUAUAACAUGCUGCGACUGACAGAAGUAGACAUUGAUGAUGAAGAAAGACCACGUAAUCCACACAAAAUAAAAAGUUGUGAGGUUUUGUUUAAUCCUUUUGAUGACAUCAUUCCAAGAGAAAUAAAAAAGCCAAAAAAAGAGAAACCAGAGGAGGAAGUAAAGAAAUUGAAACCCAGAGGCACAAAAAAUUUUAGUUUACUCUCAUUUGGAGAGGAAGCUGAGGAAGAAGAGGAGGAAGUAAAUCGAGUUAGUCAGAGCAUGAAGGGAAAAAGCAAAAGUAGUCAUGACUUGCUUAAGGAUGAUCCACAUCUCAGCUCUGUUCCAGCUGUUGAAAGUGAAAAAGGGGAUGCAGCAGGAGAUUCAGAUGAUGAUGGAGAAUAUGGAAGUGCAGAGCAUGAUGAAUAUGUUGAUGGUGAUGAGAAGGACCUGAUGAGAGAAAGAAUUGCAAAAAAGUUAAAAAAGGGCACAAGUGCAAAUGUUAAGACAGCUGGAGAGAGUGAAGUGGAGAAGAAAUCAGUUAGCCGCAGCAAAGAGCUCAGAAAAGAAGCAAGACAAUUAAAGCGGGAACUCUUAGCAACAAAACAAAAGAAAGUGGAAAAUGCAGCAGAACAAGCAGAAAAAAGAAGUGAAGAGGAGGAGGCUGCUCCAGAUGGUGCUGUUGCAGAAUACAGACGAGAGAAGCAAAAGUAUGAAGCUUUGAGGAAGCAGCAGGCAAAGAAGGGAACUUCCCGUGAAGACCAGACCCUUGCACUGCUGAACCAGUUUAAAUCCAAACUCACUCAAGCAAUUGCUGAAACUCCUGAAAAUGACAUUUCUGAAACAGAAGUAGAAGAUGAUGAAGGAUGGAUGUCGCAUGUACUUCAGUUUGAGGAUAAAAGCAGAAAAGUGAAAGAUGCAAGCAUGCAAGAUUCAGACACAUUUGAAAUCUAUGAUCCUCGGAAUCCAGUGAAUAAAAGAAGAAGGGAAGAAAGCAAAAAGCUGAUGAGAGAGAAAAAAGAAAGAAGAUAAAAUGAGAGUAAUGAUAAACCAGAACUAGCUGGAAAUGUGCCGCAAUAAAUGGCCUUAAAAUAGCCAUUGUUCCCAACAGCGUCACUUAAGGGUGUGAAAAGAAGCAUUUUUGAACUUGUUGUCUGGUUUUGAAAAACAAUUGUCUUGUUAUGUAAAUUGUGGAAUGAUGUAAGCAAAUGCUUUUGGUUACUGGUACAUGUUUUUUUUCCCCUAAUUGACCUUUUAUAUUGCUAAAUCUGAAAUAAAAUCACUUUCCUUCUAGUUUACAUGUUAA